CAGUCCCAAAUAUUAUGAGGUGUCUUCAGCUGUGAGUACCUCAGCAGACUGCUAUCACUUAACUUCUCAAGGCUGCGAUUAUGAAACGGAACAAUCUUUUUUUCUUCAGCGUGAUAAUCAACUUUGAUUUGUAUGCCAUGUACUUUUAUGUACGUAAAAGAAGUCCUUGCAGGAUCGCACGAGAUUAUAUAUCUAAAAGGAGAAAUUGAUAAGCACCAUGGCACCACUCCGGUACGCCUGCAGAGACUCCACUGCUGUUCAAGCCAUGCCACUCACUGGAGAUGCAAACCUGGGUCCCUUCUAUGGUGAGCCACACAAGUUUGAUUCUUCCUUCAGAGGUCCAGUCCACAGAAGAAGGUGCACAGAUUUCCUUUGCUGUUUGAUCUUCAUCAUUGCCAUUCUUUCAUAUGUCGCCAUUGGAAUAGUGGCCUGGUUUCAUGGUGACCCCAGGAAGGUACUCCAUCCGACAAACAGCUUUGGUGAGGUUUGUGGUCAGAAGGGAACAUCCAAUGAGAAGAGGCCCAUUCUCUUCUAUUUCAACAUCUUGAAAUGUGUCAACCCUUCUAUUUUAAUUAAUCUACAGUGUCCAACAGUUCAGAUCUGUGUAUCACAGUGCCCUGACAAAUUAGCAGCAUAUACUGAGAUGCAAAUGGACCACAAACUCGGCAACAGUUCCUGGCGAUAUUACAGACAGUUCUGCAAACAUGGCUUCAAUAACCCUGGCAAGCCCAUAUCACAGGUUCUACGAGAUGGGGAUUGUCCUUCUGUGAUUGUGCCAAGUAGACCAUUUCUUCAGAGAUGUCUACCAGAUGUCAUCACUCUGAAUGGGACUGCAACAGUGGCAAAUAACACAAACUUCAAAGAUGCUCUUGAAACAGCACAUGUCACUCUACUCCAAGAUGCGGCCAAAGAAAUAAGAGGACGAGUGGAUACUCGGGAGCUGGGAUUGAAGAUAGUGGAAGAUUAUGCUCUGUCAUGGCCAUGGAUUAUUGUAGGUCUGCUCGUAUCCUGGGUGUUUAGUGUCAUAUUUAUCGUGCUCCUGAGAUUCACAGCUGCUCUGAUAUUGUGGAUCGCCGUCAUUGCUGUCAUGCUACUCCUGGCAUAUGGGAUCUGUUACUGCUCUGUGGUGUUAACGACGCUGGGACACAGUCAAGGUUGUGAUUUAUCCAUUAUGGAAGUUGGGCUCCAGAGAGAUCUUAACAUCUAUCUACAGCUCCGAGAAACUUGGAUAAUUUUAUUGGCAUCUCUAGGAGGGACAGAGGUUUCCAUCUUGUUGAUAAUUGUCAUUAUGAGGAAGAAGAUCAGGUUGGCCAUUGACCUGCUCAGAGAGGCCAGCAAAGCCAUUGGUCACAUCAUGUCAACCCUCUUGUACCCAAUGGUAACAUUUUUUUUGCUUGCCAUUUGUCUUUCCUACUCGGCUGUUACUGCUCUUUACUUAGCAUCCUCAGGUGACACCAUCUAUAAAGUGAUGUCCCCCGAUCUGAGCUGUCCUUAUUUCAACAGCACUUGCAACCCUGAGACUUUCAACAGAAGCAAUAUUUCCAAAGAAACAUCCUGUCUGGGUUCUCAGUGCCUGUUUGCAUUCUAUGGCGGAGAGACGCCCUACCACUGUUAUAAGUUCCUGCUACAGAUUUCCAACUUGCUGAUAUUUCUCUGGCUGGUUAACUUCAUCUUGGCCCUGCAGCAAUGCACUCUUGCUGGAACAUUUUCAUGCUACUACUGGGCCAAGAGAAAGCCUGAGGAUCUAUCUCCCUGUCCGAUACUUUCAUCCUUCAAACGAGCAAUUAGGUAUCACACAGGGUCUUUGGCAUUUGGAGCUCUUAUUCUCUCGGCUGUCCAGAUUCUCCAGAUCAUACUGAAAUACCUGGAGAAGAAACUAAAAGGGAUUGACAACAGCCUCUCCAGGUUUAUACUGUGUUGCCUUACAUGCUGUUUCUGGUGUUUGGAAAAAUGUAUUCGCUACAUGAAUCAAAACGCUUACAUAAUGGUGGCAAUCUAUGGCAAGAACCUCUGUAAAUCAGGUCAACAGGCAUUCUUCCUUCUCAUGAGGAACACAGUCAGGGUAGCAAUUGUGGACAGAUUGAUUGAUUUUCUCUUGUUUUUUGGGAAAGUCAUGAUAUCAGGAGGAGUUGGUGUGUUAGCAUUACUCUUUUUUUCAGGGAAAAUCCCUCUUCUCCAAGAGCAAGUACCCUUUCUCAGCUACUGUGCGGUUCCUAUCAUGACAAUUUUGGUGGGUGCCUACUUUAUCGCUCACGGUUUCUUCAGUGUUUACGCCACGUGUGUUGACACAUUUGUCCUCUGCUUCUGCAUCCCUGAACAUGAUGUCAUGACACAAAAACCCCAGGAAACAUGAGCUCAUGUUGUUUUUACCUGAUGCAACUCCUUUUAUGGUCAAUGGAUGGACCAUCAUUUGUUUUACCGGCUGCAAGUCCUUUUAUGGUCACUGGAUGUGACGUCAAUGGUCAUGUGUCCCCAAGAUGUGACAUCACAUGCACUGGCAACAUGCCAAGUGAUUAUGUCAUAGGCAAUAAAUAAUUUUAAUGAGUACACAAUAGUACAGGUGAUUAAUGAUACUGGAUAUACACGGAGCAAGUGCCUGACAGGCUCCGAGUCUGGCGGCAACCUUGAGCUUGUGCUUCAAACCUGGGGUUGUGUUUUUGGGGUAGGGAAGGUGAGAUGGGGAAGGUAAAGAAAUACAUAUAUUUAAUUUAUCACAUCACUUGAGUUUUGUCCACACACAUGUUGAAGACUAUUCAUUGGAAUUUUAGAAAACAAACUCACACUUGCCAAAAUGCCACAUGUCAAACAAGUGUUGGAUUAUUGGGUAUUGGACCCACAACGUCUUGUUUAUGGAUUUUUGGCAAUCUGUCAUCAGUACUACAAGAUUAGCAAAAUCUUGCUCUUUCUCCAGAGCCCGCCGUAAUGCCUCAGCUUCCACGUGGUAACUGCCACCAACUUCAUUAUUCUGAGAAAAUUCAUCAUUUCAUUAUAAUAACCAUUGAGAAAAAAUUAUAGAAAGCUUACUAUUACCUGCACCACUUCAAUGUCAAGGAUUCCACGUUUCUGGAGUUCCAUCAAUGUAUAAGUGCCAUACUUGGUACAAUGCCCAUAUUACAAGUUUGAGUCUUACUGAUUGUAUGGGGUGGACAGGUGUCUUUCUGCAGCUAACGACCUCACACAGGUCCAUCUGAUUCAGGAUAAUACAUGGAGUGCAGUAGACCUGCACAGCCAGGGCUAGACUGGUAGGACCAUGACACUUAUUUUCUUCACUGUAAGUGUUGGGCAUUGCCUGAAAAAUAACUAAUAACCAAAACAAGAAAGAAUAGCAAUUAAACUUCUAAACAUAAAUUAACAUCAACAACGAAACAGCUAAUUAAAAGGCAAUUAAUUUUAUUUAUACAACAUAAGUUUAUGUUGCUGAGGAACAAUUUUUAUACUACAUGGUAAUAGUCAGUUCAAACAAGAGUGUGUUUAACUGCAUCAGUUAGGAAUGCACAACUUAUUACAUAAUGAAGCUAACAACCUGCAAAUAAACUGUUGAAACUUGUAACCAUAUCUGUUGUGUAAGAACAGAAUAACUAACGCUCUAAUAGGUUUAAAAAAGUAAACCAGCAGCUAACUUGUGACAAAUUUGUGGUGACACUGUAACAGUUUUAAAAUGUUAUAUCACACACGCAAUGACUUCUUCUUCUUUACCUUUCAGCUUGUCCCAUUAGGGGUCACCACAACAUGUCAUCUUUUUCCAUCUAAGUCUAUCUCGUGCGUCUUCCUCUCCAACACCCACAGUCUUCAUGUCCUCCUUCACAACAUCCACCAGCCUUUUCUUCCCAACAGCAAAAAAAAACAAAAAACAAAAGUUGGCUAAGAAUAAAAUAACAGUCACUUGCAAGGUUUUUCAUAAAAAAGUUAAUAAUUUUAUAAUGUAUAAAUAUAUGAUGAUUAGAUUAACAAGGUUACUUUUUUCAGUAAUCUGAUCAAACAAGUGUUUGAUUAAUUAUCACUUCGAUUAAGGCCUCUGUGUCUGAACUGUGUCCCAACAGUUCGUGACGGCAGGCAAAGUGAGGCCUGGGUGCCACAGCUGGAAUGUUGUGGUUCAAGACCAUCCUUUUUCUUUUUUUUAAAAUAAAUAAAAGAAAUAUAAGUACAUUAACUGUAACAGUGGAUGUCAGCAGGGUUCUACAAAAAAAAAGACUUUGACUUGCAAUAACUUGUGCUGAUUUGAGAACUUGAGUAGUCUGCUGACCAACCUUUUCACAUAUCUCAUAUCUGUUUAUAUUUUUUUAACAGUAAAUAUUGACAUUUAUAUGUGUUUUCAUACUGAUAGGGGAGUUAUUACUAUGUUAGUUAUCAUGAUAAAAGUAUAUCAUUACUACUAUAGUGGCUGUUAGGAUUGUUUUAUCAUGCGUUUGUUUCUGUUAGUCUUAGUCUGAAUUGUUCUCUUUGUGAGUUGCGUGUGUGUCUUGAAGUGUGACCCAGUGACACCUGGGAGGCGAUGCCCCCCUGCCGACCUCAAGCUGAUACUCCCGAACACUGGGAAGCGAUGUCUCCAUCCUAGCCUCAGCAUGUUUCCCUUCUGAUCUUAAGCAGAUACUCCUCGACAAUGGGAGGAGAUAACACACUUCUACCGCAGGAGGAUACCCCCAAAUGCCAUAAACAUGUCUUUAAACAAUGCCAUGCUUUUUCUCUUGAGGGUUUAUCAGGACACUCUUGCAGCCUUGAAGAAACAUUUACCUUAGUGUUUAUGUGCUGUUGGUGUAGCCAUCUGUGUCAGCAUUUUCACUGUGUAACCAUGUAACCCUUUGACCUUAGAAUGCAAUAAAAAAGAGAAGACAGGGACUACCACUUUGGCAGUCUGAGGAAGCGCACUCACAGUGUGUCCUCUGUCUCUCCCGUGCAUGAAAAGACAAUCUUGGUUGGUUUGAGUUCACGCUCUACAGUCCUCAGGCUUGUAUAAGCUAUUUUUCUUUUUUUUAACAUCUCGGACACAUACUGAUAUCAUUUGCCAAUGAAAUAACAAAACCGUAGAGGAUAUUAUUUCAAUAGUGACCAUAUCGCAACAUAAUGAAUU